CGUCUAGAUCGUGCGUGUUGUUAUUAAUUGAUUUUUCGUGUCGUCAAUUUAUUACUGAAGUGAUUGUUACAGUUACGCGAAAUGAUUUUUGGAUACAGUUUACAGCAGAUUCAGUGCUUCGUAAAUUGAAAUCAAAUGUUAUAGUAAAUUCUAAAUUAGUGUCUGUUUGGGUUGUAUGAAAUAUAGAUGGGUAUAUAAAUGUGGUUUUGUGGUCGGUUGAAAGUGUCUGUAGUGAUUCAGACAUCGAGAAUGUCUGCAGAUAUGAUAUGGAUGCUGACGGUAAACUAAUUUUCUGGAAGAGUGGGUUAUGGGAGGGGGGGCCGCCCACCGUCAGGUGUGACACUUGUAAGAGACGACAGGUCGAUAAGAUGAGUGCUAAAACACUAGAGAAGCCUCAGGGUGAGUUAAAGAAGUUAUCGGAGGAGAGUCUCACGCGGCAGCCGGAGGAGGUGUUCGAUAUCAUAUGCAAGCUCGGAGAGGGUUCCUAUGGCAGUGUUUAUAAGGCAUUACACAAAGAGAGCGAGCAGGUGCUCGCGAUCAAGCAAGUGCCGGUGGACACGGACCUGCAGGAGAUCAUCAAGGAGAUCUCCAUCAUGCAGCAGUGCGAUAGCCCAUACGUAGUCAAAUAUUAUGGGAGUUACUUUAAAAACACGGAUCUCUGGAUUGUGAUGGAAUACUGCGGGGCGGGUUCGGUAUCGGACAUAAUGAGGUUACGAAAGAAAACGCUAUCGGAGGAUGAGAUAGCGACGAUCCUGUGCGACACGCUCAAGGGGCUGGAGUAUCUGCACCGGCGGCGGAAGAUCCACCGCGACAUCAAGGCGGGCAACAUUCUGCUCAACAUGGAGGGGCACGCCAAACUUGCCGACUUCGGCGUGGCGGGACAGUUGACGGACACAAUGGCAAAGCGCAACACAGUGAUCGGAACUCCGUUCUGGAUGGCGCCAGAAGUGAUCCAAGAGAUCGGGUACGACUGCGUGGCGGACAUCUGGUCGCUCGGCAUCACCGCGCUAGAGAUGGCGGAGGGCAAGCCGCCCUACGGGGACAUACACCCCAUGAGGGCGAUAUUCAUGAUUCCUACUAAACCUCCGCCCUCGUUUCGAGAGCCAGAUCAAUGGUCGCCAGAGUUCAUAGACUUCGUCAGUCAGUGCUUAGUGAAAAACCCAGAGGAGAGAGCAACCGCUGAAUAUUUGUUGACGCACGAGUUUAUAGGUAAUGCAAAGCAACCUAGUAUCCUCAGUCAAAUGAUACUGGAAGCGGGUGAGAUUCGCGAGAGCCAAGCGUACAGGAACGCAAUGAACGCGUGUAACAAAACAUUCGCUGCGGGCGGUGGGGGCGGUGGGGGCGGCGGGGUGGAGGCGUACAGCUCGGAGACGAUGAAGCAGGCGGGCACGCUGGUGCCGGCGCGGGACGGCUCGGCGGAGCUGGCCGCCGGGCUCGCCACCAUGGUCAUCAACGAGCCGCACGACCUCGCCACCAUGAAGCGGCACGACACGGACCCGCUGGACACGCACGCGGCGCGCUACCGGCCGCUGUUCCUGGAGCACUUCGAGCAGCAGGAGGCGGGGCGCGCGCCCCCCGCCCCGCCCGCGCCCCGCCCACCGCCCGCCAACGGCACCAAGCCCGCGCCCGACACGCUCAGCUCGGCGGUGGCGGAGCUGGCGGGCGGCGCGAGCGUGGGCGCGCUCAUCGAGUCGGGCAACUUCGAAUUCGUAAGUCAACUGCACGUCGUCUGUCUCGCGCACACGCCGCUCCUCGCGCCCCCUGUCGUACCUGUCGGAGGGCGAGCUGGAGGCGCUGCAGGCGCGGCUGGACGUGGAGAUGGAGGCGGAGAUCGAGCGCCUGCACGCCGCCUACGAGCGCAAGCGCCGCCCCAUCCUCGACGCCAUCUCGCUCAAGCGCAAGCGCCAGCAGAACUUCUAGCGCCCGGCCUGGCCCCCGCCCCCGCAGCCCCGCCCCGCACGGCAACAGAGCGCGUGACAGUCCCGCCCCCGCCGCACCCCUGUCACGUGACAGCUCCUACCCAGCUGGCGCCUGAGCGCGUGACAACCCUACCACAAGCAGCGACAGAGCGCGUGACAACCCUACUCAAACCAGCGUCAGAGCGCGUGACAACCCUGAUCCAACCAGCUCCCGAACGCGUGACAGUCCCGCCCCCGCCGCACCCCUGUCACGUGACAGCUCCUACCCAGCUGGCGCCUGAGCGCGUGACAACCCUACCACAAGCAGCGACAGAGCGCGUGACAACCCUACUCAAACCAGCGUCAGAGCGCGUGACAACCCUGAUCCAACCAGCUCCCGAACGCGUGACAGUCCCGCCCCCUCCGCACUCCUGUCACGUGACAGCUCCUACCCAGCCGGCGCCUGAGCGCGUGACAACCCUACCACAAGCAGCGACAGAGCGCGUGACAACCCUACUCAAACCAGCGUCAGAGCGCGUGACAACCCUGAUCCAACCAGCUCCCGAACGCGUGACAGUCCCGCCCCCUCCGCACUCCUGUCACGUAACUACUCCACACUCUUGUCACGUGACAACUCCCACCCAGCCCGCGCCCGAUCGCGUGACGCGCGCCCCGCAAACAUCUAUCCCGACCUGUCCGUUCACCUCUAUGAAAGAUUCCAUGGAAACUAAUAAAGUUUCUGCAAAACUGAAUUCCGAACCUACUUUAGAUAAACCUGAUCACGUGACUCCACCUACAUAUAAACAGACAAAACACCUCACUAUUAAUUCACCUAUUUCUGACAACAACGAAAUAUUACGUUCACCGCCCGCUUUUGAUCAAACCAAUCACGUAACUAUACUUGCCCCGCCCGUUUUCGAAUUGACGCAUAUUUCAGAAAUUCCACCUGCACUAGCAAUUCCGUUUGAUUUAACCGACCUGCCUUUAUGUCUCCCGUGUAAUCCCACUUUUGUCCCAUUUCCCAAUCCCACUUUGAUCUUAAAUCACAUAACUCCUCUGGCCAAUCCCACCUUCCCUUCGCAGAGCUCAUUCUGUUCCGUGCAUUCGACGCGCUCGCACGUCUGUCCUGUACACAAGCGAUAGUUGAUCGUGUGGUGAAAUUAAUAUAAAAUUAACGUUAUGUAUGCAAAUUCGCAUUCAAGAUUUUUUUAAUAUUAUUUAGAAAUACAAAUGAAUAUAAAACAUAUUGUAAUAAUUAUAUGAAUUGACAAGUAUACUAUGGGCGAUACUCUGUUACGGUCACAAAUAUGCAUUUUGUACGGUGUACGCGCGUUAUCCAAAUAAGUGAUUGUGUCGGUGCUUUUCACGUGAAAAGGUGCCAAAAAACGAAGUGAACCUUCGUUCCUAAAUCGUACCUUAACUUUGAUGCAUUUCAAAAUUUACCAAAAAGGCCAAAUUUUUCAAUUUUUGUAUCGGCCAAAUGCAUUUGUUCAUCUCGCGCAGGGGGAUGGAUCUCCCUUAGUAUUAAUUGAUGUAGUGUAAGUUGUUAUUAUAGAGUAGACUUUGAAUUGUAAGGACGCUGAAACAUAUCCUCGUAGUGUCGGCCUCGUUCCGCUAGAUGGCGCUCAUUGUAAGUAUUCAACUGUUGAAGAGUGAAAAAUUUGAAAAUUAUGAAUUUUGACUUAAUGUUUGGAGAUAAAUAUAUAAAUUAUAAACCAACCAAAAAGAAGACAUAUUUAAUCUAGAAAAAAAAAUGUUUUUCACACUUCAACAUGUUUCACCGCUAAAUAUUCAAGGUAUGUACGUAAUAAUUUCGUAUCCAAUAAUAAAUAUCCCGAGGUGCUAGUUUUGUAUCCACAAACCGGCGAGCGCCAUCUUGCGCUCAGUGUAUUUUCUAUUUCUAGUUCGACUCGGAGUCGUCGUGCGGCCGGAAGGAAAAUAUACGAAUGUGUAGCAUAUUAUAGACAUGACAAUAUUAUUGUAGAUAGAUACGGAUUCAGUUUAUUUUGUUUUGUUUUCGGUUCUGUAUGUUAGUUGAUUAGUUCCUUCGUUUGGAUCUCAAUGUCGUCUCGCAGGUGGUUGGGGUGACAGCGUUGUGUGGGGUAGCCUGAUUUAAAAAAAAUGCCUAAUUUUGGGUAAAUUUAGUUAUAUUUAUUUCUUAUAGCAAUGAUGAAGUAAAUUCUAUUGAAAUAAUAAUUAAUGAUAAUCUAGAAUGUAAAUUAUUUACUAGGUUGUUUUUUUUUUAAUAUAGUUGAAUUUUUUUUUUUUAUGGAAUCAAGCUCAAAAUAAUAUCAUUCAAGUCUGAAUGAUUUAAUGACGUAGUAUAAAACUGCAUAAAGCUGUUAUCCCAAGCAUAACAUAUUAUAAUUAGAAUAUAUGACUUCGGUAGUGGGUUGUGAGAUUCAGAAUUUAUUGAAAUGUAAAAUUUAUAUGCAGUUGACACGAUUUUUUGCUAUAGGCCACAGAUUUUUUAGCAAUAUGCUGUAAUAUAAAAUAUAUAUUAUGAUUGCGUUUUAGUGUAGUGUCUUUCAAUAGAACUUAACAUUUUUUUAUGAAAAUGAUAGCUUGAUAGUACAUUGUUGAAUAAGUUCUAUUGAAAUGAACUUAAAGUUGAUUUUCCAAUAGCCAAAUAAUAUACAGAAUAUGGUAUAAAUGUAUCAUUCGAAAAGCUUUAUUUGACAAAGGAAAAUCGACUUUGUAUGUUUGACCAAAUGGUUGACAUUAUAAGAAUAACAUGUACUAUGUACAAGUGCAUGUGGAUAGCUUUUGUAUUAAUACAAAUUACGUUUUUGUAUUCAAGUAACUUUACUUGAUAAUGUUUAAAUAACAAAGAUUUUGUACGAAACCUUUUAUUUACAGUGGGUUAGAUAUUGUCAUAUAGUAGCUUUUUUAUAUUGAAAUUUUAUAGAUUUUUUGAAGUGAAGACUUCUUUAGCGGCGUUGGGUAUAAAAUCUUAAACUCGCGUCAGGACACGUGGCCUGAUC